AGCCAGCUUGGCUCAGCGAAUGCGCAAAAGUUUUCAAAGAUGGCGGCGCCAAUGCACGUGUUGUACACAGCGUCAGACAUGAUGGUGACGGUGGGGGUAGAGUCCCGCCUGGCCGGUCCAUGGGCUCGCCAGUACGUGAACAGCUUGACGAUUCCGCACGAUGCGUGCAGCUCGAGCUCGGAACACCCGACGGAUCUGGACACACAGAUCUACCGUGCAGGGGGACGGUCCUUCCGUGCAACCCCUCAGAUGCCCAUGCCAAACAAGGAACACCCGACGGAUCUGGACACACAGAUCUACCGUGCAGGGGGACGGUCCUUCCGUGCAACCCCUCAGAUGCCCAUGCCAAACAAGGCACAGUCCGCGAGUUCACGUUCUGGCAUCACCGAUGGUAGCACCGCUGGUCCUAUCAAUGAUGUGGCCGCGUCGAGCAGCGGCUCGGACUGGGAUCUCAAUCACGUCCCGGGGCUCACGGAGUCGGAAGAAGAGCCCGUGUACAACAGCGUGGAGGCGCACCUGGCAGGAACCUGCAGGGCCUGCAGAUUCUUCCAGCUGAAGAAGAGUGGAUGUCAUCUGGGAGAUGCCUGCAAGUUCUGCCACCUGUGCACAAAGGACGAGGCAAGAGCCGACAGGUUGCGCAUCAAGUACGAAGACCGCAGAGCGAAGAGACGCCAGGGUCUGUGCAGAAAGCGAUGAGUCGCAGCGUUUGCCUCGCUCCGAGCGGGGCAGUCGUGAUGCGAUUGCAAUGGCCGAGAUAGGUCUGUCGCGGCCAUGGCGGUGGUAGCGGCAGCACUUUUCGGCCAUCGCUGAUCGGGGUGUUUCCGUGAAAAUGUGCAAGAGAUUUGGUUUGCGAGCCCACUUUGUUUUUAGAAGGGGCUUUUUAACUUCGGAUGGGUUAGCAAUGAACUCAUCCGAAUUGCGGAGGCUCCUUUCCGAAUUUCGUCAAACCUAGAAGUUGGGAGUGCACUUUGGGAAACACCCAAGUGCCAUUGUUCAGCUGCACUCUCAUUUUUAUAUUGUGUCAGGUGCACAUUUGCCAUGGUCA